GUGUUUUUUUUAAGGUCAAGGGCAAUUUUGGCAAACCAAGUGAAUUUUGUGGGCUUUAUGUAGUAAUUUGUGGGCGAUAGUUUAACAAAUCCCUAUUUAUAACUAUGGCGAGUCAUGGCUUUUAAAGGCCUCCAUUCCUAUUUCCUACCUCUCUGAGUUAUUUCAUUGAAGUGCACUCAACGUUCUCCAUUGAAGCGUUCUCCUUAGCAUCUGAUUCUUGUAUCCCCCAUUGAAGCAGCUUCUAAGUUCUCUUUUGAAUGGUCCUCUCUACAGCUGCAAGAAAUAUCUUCCGCGUUUUAAGAGUUGAUGGGAGCUCAAAGUUUGCUUACAAGACUUUCUACAAGUGCAUUUGUGCCAUCUUUUAAGGACUUUAAAGGCUCAUUGUCAGAUACAUCAAUCCCUUGUUUUCUUCAACCAACCAAAUGGAGUUCUAUGCCAGCCGAUCAAACAUAUGGUUUAUCAACUUGUAGAAUUAGGAGUAGUAGAAGACAAUUCUUAUGUUCAGUCAGCUCCCGUAAAGUUGAAGAUAUUUCUGAUGAUUUAGCACAACGCAGUUCAAAGCCUAGCAGGAAAAGGUUGGCAGUUUUUGUGUCCGGUGGAGGUUCUAAUUUCAAGGCAAUUCAUGAAGCAACACUCAAUGGAUCAGUACUUGGAGAUGUAGUUGUGUUGGUUACCAACAAAGGAGGCUGCGGAGGUGCAGCCUAUGCAAAAGAAAAUGGUAUUCCAGUUGUUUUGUUUCCAAGAACAAAAGAAGAAUCACAACAAUUUUUAUCCAGUGACCUUGUAACUACUCUUAGGGAACUUGAAGUGGACUUCAUACUUCUUGCUGGAUAUUUGAAGCUUAUACCAGUUGAAUUGGUUCAACAUUUUCCUAAGCGUAUACUAAAUAUACAUCCUUCACUUCUACCAGCUUUUGGUGGCAAAGGCUAUUAUGGGCUCAAGGUUCAUAAAGCAGUUAUUGCUUCUGGAGCAAGAUACUCUGGUCCUACUAUCCAUUUUGUUGACGAGGAAUAUGACACUGGCCGGAUCCUUGCCCAGCGAGUUGUGCCUGUGUGUGCUUUUGACACUCCAGAGGACUUGGCAGCUCGGGUUCUGCAUGAGGAGCAUCAAUUAUAUGUGGACAUAGUUGCAGCAUUAUGUGAAGACCGGAUAAUUUGGAGGGAUGAUGGUGUUCCGCUUAUCCAAAGUAAAGAAGAUCCACAGCAAUACAAUUAGGUUAGCUUUGGCUUGCAGGAGAUCAACCCCAGGGCAGAUCACAUAUUGCUUAUGAAAAUGAGCCUUUCUUAUUUUUUUGGGCACAUUCUGACAAAAUUUUAGCGCCCUUUUAUAUCAAAAUAGAGCUUCUAGGAUUCGAUUAAGAAAUUUCUAUUACUGACCAUCUGAGAAUUGUACCAAUAUUAUAUACUUGUAUCCCCUAUAAUUAAUGUAUCUUGAAGCUGUAUUAUUCCAAUCUAUUUUGGGAUUGAUCGGAACGAGGAAUGACGAUAAACUGACCAUUUUUGAGAUAGCCAUUGAACACUGUAAGGUUCCUAUAAUGAUAAAUUAGCAGCUGAGUUUUGGUUUUA